AUCUCCCAAUGCAAUGUGAUCUAUAUAAGGUAUGUUGGCCACCCGGCCACGAAGCAAGAACAUUCGCAGUCAAGGUAUCCCCAGGGAAGAUAGUUGAGGAGCGAGAUCAAAUCCAACCAUGUCUCCUUCAUCCCCUUUUCCCUCCCUGCCAGUCUGCCAGAUCACAAUUCCUUCCAACGAGCUCAUCAAUGCCGCGUACACCUACACAAAAGAGCACACCAGCCAAGCCACUGUCAACCACUGUCUCCGCUGCGUGUCAUUCUCCUUGCUCCUGAUCCGCGAAUUCCCACCCUUGGCAUCCGCAAAUGUCGAUCUGGAGGCUGUGGUGCUUUCCAGCCUGAUGCACGACAUGGGCUGGGCAACGACCAAAUCGCUCCUUUCUAACGACAAGCGCUUUGAAGUCGAUGGCGCCAACAUCGCGAGGGACUUUGUCAACCACAGUGCCAGUGGAGAAUGGGAUGCCCACCGUAUUCAAUUGCUGUGGGACGCCAUCGCCCUGCACACGACACCCUCGAUUGCGCAGCACAAACAACCCGAAGUCGUUGCUGUGGCUUUGGGCAUCUUCGCAGACUUUAUGGGCCCCAACCUACCGCUUCCUGGCAAUCCCAUCACAGUCGAGAAGUACAAGGAGAUUGUCGGCGCGUUUCCUCGCGUGGGCUUUAGUGACGAGGUCGUCAACACUCUCUGCGGGCUUUGUCGUGAGAAGCCGGAGACUACCUUUGAGAAUUUCGUGUCCGGGUUUGGCAAGACUUAUGGUCUUGACGGUAAAGGAGGAGGGAAGGAGGAAUGGAUCAUGAAGUGCGAGGACAAUGACAUUACCAAGCGGUUGAUGGGCGGUUUGCAGGCUUGCAAACAGUGGGAAGACUGAAAGGGUAUGGAACGGCUAUGGGCUGCCAGCAGCGAUCUUCCUAUUUCCAUUGCACUCAUUUGCUACAAUUCCAGAGAUGAAUAAAUGCAUUCCUCAUCGUCA